GGAAACUACAACUCCCGGCAUGCCCCCGGCGCCCCCGGCGCGCCCCCCUCCCGUCAGUUCCAUGCUGCUCCAUCCAGUUCAUUUAAAACAAAAGAGUUUGAGCGCUGGAUGGGGCUGGUCUCUAUUGGGGGCCACUGAGUGCUACUCCUAGACUGGGGCUUGGUGCGGGCGCCUGAGGGGGGCGUCUGGACGGCGGGGUCUAGAGACUCCGGGUCCGAGGAGGGAGGGGGGGGCCGAGAUCCCGCAGCCCCCGGUCCCCCGUCACCCCCGGAGAGGAGAAGAGAUCUGCUUUCUUGGUUUUGUUUCUCUUUCCCCCCACCCCCACCCCGGGGGCUGGGGCGAGGGGAGUCGGGUUACAGGGUGUUUGGGGAGGGGGGCUUAGGGGGAGGGUCUAUCUUUCUAUCUCGCCGUCUUUCCCCCUCCCCAGUUCUUUGUUCCCCCCUCCCCACGCACCCCCUCCUCUCCUCUCCCCUCCCCUCCUCUCUCCUCUUUUCCCUUCCACCACCUCUCUCUCCCUCGCUCUCUCUCCCCCAGCUUUUGUUUCGCCAUGCCUAGUCUAGUGGUAUCUGGAAUAAUGGAAAGAAAUGGGGGCUUUGGAGAACUAGGAUGUUUCGGGGGAAGCGCUAAGGACCGAGGGCUGCUGGAAGACGAGCGCGCCCUUCAGCUGGCUCUCGAUCAACUCUGCCUCCUGGGUUUGGGGGAGCCCCCCGCCCCCACGGCGGGCGAGGACGGGGGAGGUGGGGGGGGCGGCGCCCCUGCACAGCCGGCCGCUCCCCCGCAGCCGGCCCCGCCGCCGCCGCCCGCGGCGCCCCCGGCCGCCCCGACGGCGGCCCCCGCAGCGCAGACGCCUCAGCCCCCCACCGCCCCCAAAGGGGCCAGCGACGCCAAGCUCUGCGCUCUCUACAAAGAGGCCGAGCUGCGCCUGAAGGGCAGCAGCAACACCACCGAGUGUGUACCCGUGCCCACCUCCGAGCACGUGGCCGAGAUCGUGGGCAGGCAAGGCUGCAAGAUUAAGGCUCUGAGGGCCAAGACCAACACCUACAUCAAGACCCCAGUGCGGGGCGAGGAGCCAGUGUUCAUGGUGACUGGGCGGCGGGAGGACGUGGCCACAGCCCGAAGGGAAAUCAUCUCAGCGGCUGAGCACUUCUCCAUGAUCCGAGCAUCACGCAACAAGUCGGGUGCUGCCUUCGGCGUGGCACCUGCGCUGCCCGGCCAGGUGACCAUUCGCGUGCGGGUGCCCUACCGCGUGGUGGGGCUGGUGGUGGGCCCCAAGGGGGCCACCAUCAAGCGCAUCCAGCAGCAGACCAACACGUACAUUAUCACUCCGAGCCGAGACCGUGACCCGGUGUUCGAGAUUACGGGUGCCCCAGGCAACGUGGAGCGCGCGCGGGAGGAGAUCGAGACGCACAUCGCGGUGCGCACCGGCAAGAUCCUCGAGUACAACAAUGAAAAUGACUUCCUGGCAGGGAGCCCCGACGCUGCGCUGGACAGCCGCUAUUCCGAGGCCUGGCGAGUGCACCCGCCCGCCUGCAAGCCCCUCUCCACCUUCCGGCAGAACAGCCUGGGCUGCAUCGGCGAGUGCGCCGUGGACUCGGGCUUUGAGACCCCACGCCUGGGUGAGCAGGGCGGGGACUUUGGCUACAGCGGGUACCUGUUUCCCGGCUACGGUGUGGGCAAGCAGGAUGUGUACUAUGGGGUGGCGGAGACCAGUCCCCCGCUCUGGGCAGGCCAGGAGAAUGCCACGCCCUCCUCGGUGCUCUUCUCCUCUGCCUCCUCCUCCUCCUCCUCUUCUGCCAAGACGCGCGCUGGUCCCCCAGGAGUGCACCGCUCUCCUGCCACCUCGGAGCUGGCGGGACUCCCGAGACGCCCGCCUGGAGAGCCACUUCAGGGCUUCUCCAAACUUGGGGGGGGAGGCCUGCGGAGUCCCGGGGGCGGGCGGGAUUGCAUGGUGUGCUUUGAGAGCGAGGUGACUGCUGCCCUCGUGCCCUGUGGACACAACCUGUUCUGCAUGGAGUGUGCAGUACGCAUCUGUGAGAGGACGGACCCCGAGUGUCCCGUCUGCCACAUCACAGCCACGCAAGCCAUCAGAAUAUUCUCCUAAGCCCCCUCCCCUGCCCCCGCCUCCGGGGGCCACUUCCCAGGGGCCUGCCCCUGGAGCUGGUUUCCACCAGAGCCUUUUGGAAGUCAGCAAUUCGAGGGGCCAGGUGAUUAGAGAUCCUGG